CAAGACGUAAACCUUGCAAACAUGGCGACGCUCCGAAGAGAGUACGGAGGUUGGGAAUACGAGCGCUUUUAACGGAGAAAAUAAACUCUACUGCGCCUCUUACGAUGUGGUGGGGUUAGCCUGAACCAUCCCACGCACAGCUUUUUAGACCAUGUUUGCAGAGGCCAGUCUGUCCAUAUUGGGAUGGGGGGGUCUUGGAGUUGUGCUGUUCCUGGUCACUUUUGGACCUUUUGCCAUAUUCUACCUGGCCUUUUAUAUCUUCUGCUUCAUUGGAGGGGGUUUUGUGGUCACUUUGCUUUAUGGAAAGAUAAACUCAGAGAAGCACCUGGAAAAAUGCGAGCACUCUUACCUGGCACCCACUCAGAUUGGUAUAAUGAAGACACUGGAUGAAAUGAAACUGGAGAUGAAGCCCAUAAGGAUUGACAGGAGACUGACUGGCUCCAGUUUCAUUGAUGAGCCAUUACAACAGGUGAUCCAGUUUGCGCUGAGGGACUACAUCCAGUACUGGUACUACACGCUGAGCGAGGACGACUCCUUCCUGCUGGAGAUCAGGCAGACGCUGCAGAACGCCCUCGUCCAGUUCUCCACACGGUCCAAAGAGGUGGACUGGCAGCCUUACUUCACCACCCGCCUGGUGGACGACUUUGCCACCCAUUUACGUGUCUUCAGAAAAGCCCAGGAUCGCCUCAUCGACAGAGAGGACAAGCUAAGAGACAUAACAGAAGAGCUUGUGGAGUCGUUCUUUGAAGCCGAGGUGGAGAUGGAAAGAAAGAUCUGCCGCGAUGUGGUCUGCACCUCGCACAAAGACGAGGAAGGAUUUCUGCGGGACCUGUGCGAGCUGCUGCUGUAUCUGCUACUACCUCCUGGAGAUUUCCACAACAAGAACAUGAGAUACUUCCUGAGGGAGGUGCUGGCACGUGGCGUGCUGCUGCCUCUGAUCAACCAGCUCAGUGACCCCGACUACAUCAACCAGUUUGUCAUCUGGAUGAUUCGGGACUCCAGCUGUAACUACGAAGCCUUUAUGAACAUCCUGAAGUUAACAGACAAGCCGGCCGAGCUGGAGGCCGUCAAAGACAAAGUUCUGGAGGAGCUGCAGUACCUCCGCUCGCUGGACACUGCGGGAGACGACAUCAAUGUGAUCAAGAAUCAGAUCAACAGCCUUUUAUUUGUGAAGAAGGUGUGUGAGACCAGAAUCCAGAGACUACAGUCUGGCAAGGAAGUUGACACUUUGAAGCUGGCAGCCAACUUUGGGAAGCUGUGUGUUAUCCCGCUGGAUCACAUCCUCGUGCACAACAUAGCCCUGCAGUUCUUCAUGGGUACUUGUGAAAACGCACCGCAUUUCCGCUCACUCCUCAACAUUUCUGUGCAUCCUCCUCAUGACCCGUCAAUGAUUCUAUUGACCAACUGCCUAACCCACACCACUCGCAUUAGACAUGCUCCCACAACGUCUCUCAUGACCUCGCCGGGGAUUUUCAAAGCUCACUCCACUUCACGGCCUGGUUGCUUUGCUCCAGACUUCAUGCAGGCCGCGGGGGCCCAGGCCGAGCUCUUCUUCUGGCUGACGGUGGAGGGCUACCGGGUGACGGCGCAGCAGCAGCUGGAGGUGAUGCAGAGCUGGCAAAAAGACGGCACCAAGCAGCCCAGCGCUACCAAGGGGCUGCUGAAGGCCGCCGCCCUGGGCGUCUACGAGCAGUACCUCUCCGAGAAGGCGUGUCCCAAGGUCCAGGUGGAUAAGGCCCUGGUGGCCAAACUGGGCGAGAUGCUACAGAUGACGGACGACCCCACACCCGACAUAUUCGAUGAAAUCCAAAGGAAGGUGUACGAUCUGAUGCUGCGAGACGAGCGCUUCUACCCCUCCUUCAAGCAGAGCCCGCUCUACGUGCGCAUGCUGGCGGAGCUGGACAUGCUGAAAGAGCCCAGCUACCGAGGGUCCGACGACGGCGACGGGGAGUCCUUUAACGGCUCUCCCACGGGAAGCAUAAACCUGUCCCUCGACGACCUGACCAACUCCUGCCACGAUGAGUUUCUGCAGCUACACGCCUUCAUCUCCGACACAGGGGUCUGCAACGAUCACGGUAAGACAUACGCGCUGUACGCCAUCACCGUGUUCAGGCGCAACCAAGACGGCAGCGAAGACUGCUGGAAGACCUAUCGGCGCUACUCCGACUUCCACGACUUCCACAUGAGAAUCACCGAGCAGUUUGAGAACCUGGCCUCCAUCCUCAAGCUGCCGGGCAAAAAAACCUUCAACAACAUGGACCGAGACUUCCUGGAGAAAAGAAAAAAGGACCUCAACGCUUACCUUCAGCUGCUGCUGAACCCGGAGAUGGUGAAGGCCUGCCCCACUCUGAUCCCCUACGUCUACGACUUCCUGGAGAACAAGGCCUACAGCAAGGGCAAAGGAGAGUUUGCACGGAAGAUAGACACUUUUGUCAACCCCCUGCGGAGCUCCAUGAGGAACGUGUCCAACGCGGUGAAAGGUCUGCCGGACAGUCUGGCAGAGGGGAUGACCAAGGUCUCCGACAACAUGGGCCGCAUGUCCGAGAGGCUGGGCCAGGACAUCAAGCAGUCCAUUCUCAAGGUGGACGACAACAUCCCACUCCGGGUGAUGCUGCUGCUGAUGGACGAGGUGUUUGACCUGAAAGAGAAGAACCAGUGGCUGCGCAGGAACAUCAAGAACCUGCUGCAGCAGCUGAUCAGAGCCACUUACGGAGACACCAUCAACAGGAAAAUCGUGGAUCACGUGGACUACAUGACCUCCCCGGAGCAGGUGGCAGACUACGUCAAAAAGUUCAGGGAUUCCUAUUGGCCCAACGGUAUUCUGGCCGAGACCCCACCCCGCCGGGAUAAGUGCAUCCGGAUGAGGACGCGAGUAGCUGCCAAGACCAGCCUUCUGGGCAUCAUGCCAGACGAGCUGAAGCACAUCAUCGGAGCGGACACCACCAGGAAGGGCAUCCUGCGGGUCUUCGACAUGUUCCAGUACCAGCCCAUGAACCGGCGGCUGGCCUAUGUGUUCCUGGAGGGCUUCCUGGAGACCAUGUUCCCGCAGUACAAGUUCCCCGAGCUGUUCGUCAAGCUGCACUCCCGCUCGCCGCGCAUCCACGCGUACGCCCAGAAACUCAAGAGCUCCUCCCUCAAGAGGUGACAGGAAAGGGCGGAGCCGCCAGGACUCGGGCACAGACUGGGAGCCCAGAGGGUUGGGGGAGGCGAUGGGCAGGCCGAGGGGGCGAUGUGUGCGACCUGUGCCCUCCCUCCUGUCACACACUCCUGUCGGGGAACGCUCCCGCCACCCGGCCGACUCGUUUCUGCCGGGACGGAGCUGAAGGAGGAGCACGUCCGCUCCGCCCCCCCUCUGUGACGGAAGCACGCCAUGAAAGAAAAACCAUAAAUCCUAUCAUUUGCACCAAGACUGAACACGGCAGUCUGUUCUUUUAGUUUCUUUAUUUACCCCUCCUUUUUUGGAGAUUUUAGCUGUGUUGAGCUUCAUCCUGGGCCAGCCAAUGCUGCUUUCUUGUGGUCCGGAGAGCAGACCCACGAAACACUGUAUUGUUUUUAAAAAGUGCAGGACUAGAUAGCGUAGAUCCACACCUUGCCUUACCUUCCCGCUUCAGUCCUCCAUGUCAGAGCCACACAGCUGUAAUCAAAAGCGCCCCCAUGCGUCCGACACGCGAGCUGCAGAGGCCCUCGUCGAUGUGUGAAAUGUGCGUUUUCAUAGCAACCAAAAAUGUCAAAAGCACUGGGUUAAAGAGGCAACGUCCUGGAUAUGUGAGGAAACCAAUAUGGGUCGAAAGUUGUUUUGUUUUUGUUUUUUUGUUUUUUU